CUCGCUGUCCAAGGUUUUGGGCAGCCCUGUCAGAGCUUAACACAAGUCCAACCUAGUGAACUUCCUCCGCGGUUUUCUGAUUGACUUCCCCUCUCCGCCUCACAUUAAGUCACUCCAGCGCAGUGACCCCGCACUCUGGCUGCAUCACAGAUCCCAAUGCAGCAGCAAAAAGUCAGGUUUUAAACUCUUUAAGUGCUGCCAGCAGUGUGGCAGUGCUGCCGAGGGCUCAGAUCUGGCCCUGAACAGUUACAUCGCUCAUGAGCAAUGCCACAAAUACACGUUACAGACAAGCUGCCGAGGCCCAAGCACGCCAGGCAAGGAACACCACCAGCAUGGUGAUCCCCACUCCAGCCCUUAAAAACAACUCAGUGUUUCAACCCACAGAGCCGUGAGCAGCACGCAGGAGGACCAUGAAGCAUGGUCUAUCUACAGCACCCAGUGCUAUGUCCAGGGCCACGGAUACAUCUGCGGCUUGGAAGGGAGAAAAUGUCUUAUAAGGACUUUCAAGAAAGCAGACUGAGGUUCUCGGACUCACUUAAUGGUCAGUGCUGGAUAUUCCUAAAAAAAGGUCUAGAUGACUUCAGAGAUGGCUUUCCUCCUUCAUCUGAUAACAUGAUUGUGUAUGGCAGAAAGCGGCCUGUCUCAAUUAACCUUCAAAAGAGCACACUGCAAUCUUUACCUGCAGUUCCACGGAAGAAUAGGAGUAAGUGUGCCAAAACGCAGGUCUGUCUUUCCAAGCUCAGCCCGCUGCAGCAAGCCAGAAGGGAUUAUGUUGCACAGAUAGAGUGCUGUCUGAACCAGCACCGCUUCACGCUCUGCCCACACCUGGGAAAAAGUAUCUCCCCGAAGCUCUUGAGAGAGGUUGCUGGUGCCCUGGAUCCUGAAAUGCUUUUGAAGAACAAGGCUGGCUACAGUGACUAUGAGCAGGAGAACCAACCCCUUCUGGAGGUGCUGGAUCAUAUGGAAGACACGCGAGGCAAAGCAACAGCUUCCAAGACACGAGUACACGGCAAGGAGUCUCGAGGCAAAAACUCCUGUACACGGCUUUCCAAGAAGGUAGCAGUGAGAGAAAAGGCCAUGCUGACUGACUUCAUUUGCCCUGAUGAACACGUAAAGCAUGUAAAGCAAGUAACCAAGCAUUUUUGGGACCGGGCUAUGUCUUUGGGAGGAGGGAACUGCAAUAUCGAUGAAGGUGCCCUCACGAGCUUGCUCAACACCAGCUGUGAAAGGGAGGCUGCUGUCCCUUCACUUUUCCGUGCUGUGAAAUUCAACACUGUGCAAGCAGAGCUGCCAAAGUGCCAGGGAAUUUCACUUCCCCGGUUACCUAUCAGGAGUUCUCAUCACCUAAGGAGCCUGCCCUGCCAGGUUAAGGUUCCUGCCCCCCCCAAAUGGGAGAAGAUUAGAUAUGGAGCAUGGUAUCUCGAUCCCAAAACUUGGAGGAAACAGAAAGAGAACGAACCAUUAAAAGCUCCAGAGGCAACAAUCAAUAGCCUUGGGAAUGCGAAGAACCUCUCCGAAAAAAAGGAGAUGGAAGUCACGCAGCUCUACAGCGCACAGGCCUUUAAGGAAUUCCUGGAAAAAAAGGGCUACAGAAAGCCUUGGUUUCUUCUGAAAAUGCUGGCUGAGGGAAAUGAUAAGAGAGCUCCUGAGAGGACAUCCAAGUCUUGCAAGAAAGUGUCUAAAGAGAUACGACAAAAUAAGAGAAGGUUCUUUCAUGACCAUGAACUAAUACAGAUUUCUAAAUCCUCUUAAAAUUAAUGGAAACUAGUAGCUGAGCUGCUCCUAAAAGAGUAUUCUUACAUUAGAAUAAACUUAAAGGUAGUUUUGAGUUACUACUGAAAUGGCCAGAUUGGAUUUGGACUACCAAAUUCCGGGCACAAACCACUUGGCUAGCUUAGCAGUGCUUGGGCUUGGGUAGAAGGUACUGAUGAUGUCUUAUGCAGUAACAUGCUGGCUUAACCAAAGGUCCUGGCCCACGAGCAACUUAAUUUUUUUUAAGCAUCUACAUUGUGUUUACUGCUUUACAGAAUAUAAAUAAAUGAUUGCUGAAUUCUCUAAGGCA